UAAAUCAGCUUUUACUGAAUUGACAAUAUUCCUCUGUUGUGGAAUAUAGUAAUAUCUCACGCAUUUGAACUCCAGCCUGAUUAAAUUCAUAGGCUCCUGCAAUGGCUCUAGAUCAGUUUGAAUAUCAGUUAGCUAUUGCUGCAUACAAAACACCCCAAACCGUAGUGGCUUUAAACAACCAUUCUUCAUUAUUUCUCACAAGCCUAGGGGUGAUGUGUGGGCUGGCUGAUCACUACCACCAGGAUUGCUAAUGUGUCUGAGGGUUUCCUGAAGUCUCUGCUCUAGGCUGGGCUUAGCCGGAGCAUCUAAGCAAGGAGAGGUCUGCUCCAUGUAUUAUUCAUCUUUCUCCUGAGACCAGCAUACAUGCCUGGAUGUGUUCUUCUCAUGGCAAUGGCAGGAAUUCCAGAAGGCAAACAGAAUCACUAAGGCCUCGGGACUUAGGCUUAGACCAGGUCCACUCUUCUGGCACAUCACCUCAUUCUACCAUCCAAAGCAAAUCACAUGCCCAAACCAGGUCAAAGGUGAAGAGGAGAUUCUUCCCUUCUAGUGAGGAAACAAGACAGAUAAAGAAUUAGGGCCAUGAAUGUAAUUUCCAAAGUGUGAUGGUUAAUUUUAUGUGUCAGCUUGAUUAGGACACAAGAUGCUCAUUUAUCUCUUUGAAUAUUAUUUCUGGUGUGUGUCUAAGGUUGUUUCCAACAGAGAUUAGCAUUUGAAUUGACAAACUGAGUAAAGCAGAUGGCCCUCCCCGAUGUGGAUGGGAAUUAUACAACCCACUGAAGGCCUGAAUAGAGGAAAAAGUCAGAGUAAAGUUGAAUUCUUGCUCUGCCUGACUGCUUGAGCGAGAACACUGAUCUUCUCUUGCCCUUGGCAUUCCUAGUUCUCAGACCUUCAGACAUGGACUGGAAUCUAUACUAUUGGCUCCCCAGCUCUCAUGCCUUCAAAUGACAACACUGGCUUUCCUGGGUAUCCAGCUUGCAGACAACAGAUUGUGGGACUUCUCAGCCUCUGUAAUCACACAAGCCAAUUCCUUAUAUUAAAUCAUAUGACGACCAUGCAUGAUGGCUCAUGUCUUUAAUCCCAGCAGUUUGGGAGGCCAAGGCAGGUGGAUUACCUGAGGUCAGGAGUUCAAGACCAGCCUGACCAACAUGGUGAAACCCCAUCUCUACUAAAAAUACAAAAAAAUUGGGUUUGGUGAUGGCACCUGUAAUCCCAGCUACUCAGGAGCCUGAGGUAGAGAAUUGCUUGAACCAAAAAACAAAACAAAAUAAAUCAUAUGACACUGAAGUUACAGAUAUUACUUUCCUAAUUUGAACCAUUAUUUUAAAACAAAGAGAUUUCACAUACAAAUCCUGAUAUUUUUUGAAAAAUCAGAAGUUCUGCAACACAGGAUCCACAUUCCUACAUGUCUCCACAGUUCUCAGGAGCUGAGUAGUAACUGCCCUGUCCAUUUAUUUGCUUUAUCUCCCUAGCCCUUGGAGCCAGUUAAGUUUGCUUUAUACAGUACUAGUUCUACAGCCAGAUCUGUUUCUUAAGCUUCAGAUAGGCUUCUGUAGUGCUCAUUAUUUACCAAAUACCUCAAACAAUAUAAUCAACAAAAUCAAAACUAAAGCAUCCCUUCCUCCUCUUCUCCGAUAGUCCCUAUUGUCAGGUGUCCAUAUGCAAGCCUGGAGUCUGAAAGUCUGAAGACCUGCUUGCCUCGGCUGAAGUCUCCCACCCCCUGCCUGCAUUUGCCAUUGUCCCUGAUCACCCAGUGGAGCUUCCCUGGACAAGCCCCUCACUCAACCCUGCCAUCUUAACUGUUCUUAUGAUAAUGUAAAUACCUCUCACCCAGCCCCACCACUGUAACUAAACUUACUCUGCAACAUCUCUGCCCCCCAAAAAACUACCCAAACCCAUAAAACCAACUCCUAUCCCACUGCCGUUUUGCUAAUACCCUUUCUGGCCUUAACCCACCUGCACCCAGGUGAAUAAACAGCCAUGUUCCUCACACAAAGCCUGUUUGGAAGGCCUCUUCAUUCAAAGUGCAUGUUUUUUCACCACUACCUUCCUUGUCCAAGCCAGAAACCUAUUCAUCACUUUGACUUUUCUUUCCCUCUCUAAUAUACUACAGUAUAAAAUUUUAUUCACAAUGAAACUACAGAGUGUCUAGGAAUUAACCUAAGAGAGAAUGCCCAAGACCUUUCCAGAAACAAGUGUUAAAACUGUGCUAAAGUCCAAGAAAAAGUUAAGGAUAAGGAGUCAUUCAACAGGCAGCAGGUGGCUGGUUAGGCAAUCAUGAUGGUAUGGUGCCUCAUUGUCCAGAUGCAGUGAUCUGGUAAAUUUCAGUUCCUUGAUACUAUACAGGAGGCCUGAUGGUUGGUUUCCCAGGAAAGGAACUAAAAUAAGACAGAUGUUUCCGAAGUUUUAAGACUGGGAGGGUCAAUUUCCAGGUUUAUUCAAAAGAAACCAUAAACAUCAGUUCUAUAGGACAGUUGGGCUGAUUUCAUACCCACCAGCAUUCCUUCCUGAUAAGAGCCUACCAACCACUGAGAAGUGCUGGCCAAUAUACCAGGGAUUCGCAGUGAGGGUUUUCAUGUCCUCUGCUUUGCCUUUUGAUGUCAGAGGGCUGAAAAUUUCACUCUGGGAUCAUGCUAACACCACCAUUUUUUGAAUAUGGGUCCCACAGAGAGGUAGGAAGCUUGAUUGUGCAUGUGCAAGUUUCUCCUUUCAUAAAUAUUCAUGACUCCUCCUAAAGCUCAUUGAAUAUGUAUAUUUGGCUACUCUGCUCAUCGUAAACUGUUCUCUUUGCCUUUCCCUCCAACUGUCUGUUCUCAGCUUCUGACUGUAGUCUAUGCUUCCAAGCCUGUCAGAAUGGCCACCUUGCAGGCUGUAACCGUUCAUGAGAAAUAAAGCUCUCUUCUAAAUUUAUCAACCUCCUCAUUUUUCGGUUGACAUUAGUAAGUAGAGCAUCAGAACAGUACACUCCAUUCCCAGUUUACUAUUAUCGUUAUUAGUCCCCUACAAAUAAUUUAUGGGGUACUCUGCUAUCUGUAAAACAAGGACCUAGGAAAUGCACACUAUGCCAAAAGUUUGCUGAAGGAACAUCAGCAAGUGCAAACGUCUAAGAUCAGAGGCUGCAAGCCUCCCUAUCACUCUAGGGCCACAUUGCCACCAUCUCUCCACCCCUUCAGGGAUCGCCCCUCUGCGGCGUGACGUCCUCAGGUACACUAUCCGGUCUUUCCCGCUUUCCGUAGUUUCCUGUUCCGUCUUGGCCCCGCCCACCGCUGGCGCCAUUGUUUCCGGCUCAAUUCGGGAACCGCCGGAGAGCUUCUAGCCCUUGGUUUCGGACCCCUUAUCCGACGCUCCUCCCCCUGUCUCUGUAUCUGAAGAAGGUAGUUCCCAGCAAAGUUCUCCAGUUUCCAGGCCGUGCACAUCAAACAGAGGUUAUCCUUCGUUGCCCGCAGCCCCGUUCAGCUGCAAGCAAGUUUCUGGGCGUCAUGGCCAGGGGCCACCGCAGCCGGCCGGGUGUGAGGCUGCCUUUCGCUGCCCGCGCGCUCCCCUGGCUUCUGGGUCCGCCGGCGGCCGUUUCGGCUUGAACGCAGCCCCUCCGCGACUACUAGCCGUCUCGCGCCGGACCUCAUGGCUUCGGAGGCGCCGUUCCCGCCGCCGCCGCCCUCGGUGUCGCCGCCCACCUCCCCUGAGCCAGAGCUGGCCCAGCUGAGGCGGAAGGUGGAGAAGUUGGAACGCGAACUGCGGAGCUGUAAGCGGCAGGUGCGGGAGAUAGAGAAGCUGCUGCAUCACACAGAACGGCUGUACCAGAACGCAGAAAGCAACAACCAGGAGCUCCGCACGCAGGUGGAAGAACUCAGUAAAAUACUGUAUUGUGGGAGAAAUGAAGAUAAUAAAAAGUCUGAUGUAGAAGUACAAACAGAGAACCAUGCUCCUUGGUCAAUCUCAGAUUAUUAUUAUCAGACAUACUACAAUGAUGUUAGUCUUCCAAAUAAAGUGACUGAACUGUUAGAUCAACAAGAUCAAGGUAUCAAAACGUCUACUUUGAAUUCCAAAGACCAGUUACAAAUAGAAAAUGAUGCUUACCCUGGUACUGAUAGAACAGAAAAUGUUAAAGGUAGACAAGAGGACCAUUUUGCCUCAAAUUCACAGGAGCCAGCAUCUGCAUUAGCAACAGAAGAUUCGUCCUUAGAAGGCUCAUCAUUAGCUGAAAGUUUGAGAGCUGCAGCAGAAGCAGCUGUAUCACAGACUGGAUUUAGUUAUGAUGAAAAUACUGGACUAUAUUUUGACCACAGCACUGGUUUCUAUUAUGAUUCUGAAAAUCAGCUCUAUUAUGAUCCUUCCACUGGAAUUUAUUACUAUUGUGAUGUGGAAAGUGGUCGCUAUCAGUUUCAUUCUCGAGUAGAUUUGCAACCUUAUCAGACUUCUGCCACAAAACAAAGUAAAGAUAAAAAACUGAAGAAGAAAAGAAAGGAUCCAGAUUCUUCUGCAACAAAUGAGGAAAAGGAUUUGAAUUCAGAGGAUCAAAAAGCCUUCAGUGUUGAACAUAUAAGCUGCAAUGAGGAAGAAAAUUUUUCACAUAUGAAAAAGAAGGCCAAAAUAGGCAUUCAUCACAAAAAUAGUCCCCCAAAAUUCACUGUUCCAGCCAGUGGAAAUACUGUAGAGUCUCCUCUUCAUGAAAACAUCUCUUAUUCAACAUCAUUUAAAGAUGAGAAAAUCAUGGAGACUGAUAGUGAACCAGAGGAAGGUGAAAUUACGGAUUCUCAGACAGAGGAUAGUUAUGAUGAAGACAUUACCAGUGAAGGCAAUGUAACUGCAGAAGAUAGUGAGGAUGAAGAUGAAGACAAAAUUUGGCCCCCAUGUAUUAGAGUUAUUGUCAUCAGAUCACCUGUGUUGCAGACAGGAUCACUCUUUAUCAUUACUGCUGUAAACCCUGCUACAAUUGGAAGAGAAAAGGAUAUGGAACAUACUCUCCGAAUCCCUGAAGUUGGUGUCAGUAAGUUUCAUGCAGAAAUUCAUUUUGACCAUGACUUACAAAGUUAUGUCCUUGUGGAUCAAGGCAGUCAAAAUGGUACAAUUGUUAAUGGAAAACAGAUUCUUCAGCCAAAAACUAAAUGUGACCCUUAUGUACUUGAGCAUGGAGAUGAAGUGAAAAUUGGAGAAACUGUCUUAUCCUUUCACAUUCACCCUGGCAGUGAUACCUGUGAUGGCUGUGAACCAGGGCAGGUUAGAGCCCACCUUCGCCUUGAUAAGAAAGAUGAAUCUUUUGUUGGUCCAACACUAAGUAAGGAGGAAAAAGAGUUGGAAAGAAGAAAAGAAUUAAAGAAAAUACGAGUAAAAUAUGGUUUACAGAAUACAGUAUAUGAAGAUGAAAAGACAUUGAAGAAUCCAAAAUAUAAAGAUAGAGCUGGAAAACGUAGGGAGCAGAUUGGAAGUGAAGGAACUUUCCAAAGAGAUGAUGCGCCUGCAUCUGUUCAUUCUGAAAUUACUGAUAGCAACAAAGGUCGGAAGAUGUUGGAGAAGAUGGGUUGGAAAAAAGGAGAGGGCCUGGGAAAGGAUGGUGGAGGAAUGAAAACUCCGAUCCAGCUUCAGCUUCGGCGAACACAUGCAGGCUUGGGGACAGGCAAACCAUCCUCAAUUGAAGAUGUUCACCUUCUUCAAAACAAGAACAAAAAAAACUGGGACAAAGCACGAGAGCGGUUUACUGAAAACUUCGCAGAAACUAAACCUCAAAAAGAUGACCCAGUGACCAUACCUUGGGUAAAAGGGACUUUAGAGUAAAGGUUAAUCAUAGAAGAAAACUCUAGCUUUUUUAAAAAGAGAGUUUGGAGACUCUUAUUUUUUCUUCCCAAAAGAAUCAGCAGCAUGGGCGAACUGGGUCAUAGUUUACCUCUUCCUGAUUCAGAAAUGUGUAAUAACGUAUGGUUUGCAGCUUUUAAAAACUAUUUUUUUAAACUAGUAAAUAGUGACUGAGUCCAUUUAUGCAGUAAGUAGACUAAAGUUCACAGGGCACGGAUGAGUUUAUCAAACUUCAUUAUUUUAUCUUGUCAUUUACAACAUCCAUAUAAAGCAACUAGCUAAGCAAAAUUCGUAUAACUAAUGACUUAAAUGUACAUCUGUUUUUGUCUGUAUAUAUUCAUGUAAGAUGCACAACAAAAGAAACAUCAAAAGUUUAUAAAAAUAAAUCUGACUAUAUGCAUCAUUAUCUGUGCCCUUUAGAACCUGGAUGAUAAAUGUUGAGAAAACAUGGGUAGUGGUGCAUACAUUUUGUUAUCCUUGAAAUAGCCUAAGUAAUAUUAUUGAAGAACUAAUGAACAGGCAACAUGUUGUAGAAAAUUAAUCUUUCAUUGUUUUCUUCUGUGAAGAAUCUGUUGAUUUGUACUAUAUUCAGCAUUUAUAUUUGGUUUGUUUCAUAGCUAAUGAGAUAUUUAGUUAUGAACAACUGAAUCCUUAUUGCAAUAGUGUGUUUUGUAGUUUUGAUAAAUACCAUUGCAGGCAAUGGAGUUGUGCCAGAGAAAUCUGAUUUCUAGUACAAAAGGAAUACUUAGCCAGGGCCUACAGCUCAAGAUAUUUAUUGAAAAUAUCCUCAGUUGCAAUAAAAACAUUAUAACAUUAAAAAAAGUGAUUUGUUGAACCAGUGAUUUAAAUGUAUUGAUCUGCUUUGAAUUUGCAACCAGCCAGAAAUUGCUACUUAAAAUUGGCAGUUAUAACAAAGGAGAGCCUCAAAGAUUAGACACUUGCAGUGCAGCUUUCUGGGUGCAGGUGUCACUGCUCUGCCAGCUAUCAUUAUUCUGUUCAGUUUUUCUCUCAGGUGUUUGCUGGGAAAUUAACAGUGGAACUGACCCUUUUCUGGCAGUGAAUGUGAACUCUAGCCUCCCUAUCUACUAUAAAGAAAUGUCUUCAAGAUGUAGAAAUAAGGACUAUUCUGAAAAAAAUCAUACAGUAGUAAAGAUCAUUCAGAAAGUAAAAGCUACCUGUUAGAGUUUCCAGUCUUAAUGGCACAGGGUAGUUAGGGAGAAAAGGGGAUGGAGAAAGAGAAACUAUGACUGAAAAUGAGAGGUAUGUCCCUUAAGCUGGGACAAUCAGGCCCUAAACUCCAAAUUUGGAUAAAAUAUUUCUUUGAAUUCUUCUUAGCCCCCUGCAUAGUCUGACACAUACAUAUGUACAAUUAGGCUUGCAGGCCACAGGAAUGCCCUGCAUUGUUUUCUUUUCAUUGGAAAUGAUUAGUCUAAAUGUGGUUCUGGUGCUGGUGCCCUGUAUAUAUGUAAUAUAGGACCCUCCCCAGAGAGAUUUUGCUUCUGGUGAAUCUUAUGCGUUGGGUUAGUAUAUGACUGUCUGAUAUUUACCAUUUGUAUUAUAUUGGGGAAAAAUUUUUUUUAAUCAUUUUCUACUGUUAAGAAAAUGGAAAACUUAAGUAUGGUGUUAAAAAUGAAACUAUAUGUGAUAUUUGCAUUAUUAAACCCCUUGGCAGAUCUAAAGUCUCAGGGUUCCACUAUUAGUGGUUAAAGUACUGAAUAAUGUCUGGGUCUAUUUCCAUUUGUAAAAUAAGAAUAAUGUUUAUCUCACAUGUCUGUCUCGAAUAGCAAAUGAGAAAAUGUAUAUAAAAGCACUUUGUAAAUUGUAAAAGUAGUACAGAUGUGAGCUUCUAUUUGUUUAGAAGCGUAAAUGUGAAUUAUGUACAGUUUGAAUUAUGCAUAAAUUUUUUGUGUCUAAUAUUUUAAA